AUGACAUCAGACCCAGUGGUCAGUGUAGUUGAAUUGGCCGAUCAAUACAAGAGCGAAUUUGAAAGUGGCCUUAGCAAGUUGAUGAAACAUGCUACAACAUUUGUUAAUUCAACUAGCAAGAUACGAACAUAUCAGCAGCACAUCAACGUUCUUCACCAUGAAUUGUUGAAGCAACGUGAUCAAAUGUUGGUAAUGAUACAAGAUACUCAAUCUACCUUAUCCGAUUUGGAUACCAAGAACCUUAUGAGAGUCUUUUCCUGGAUGGCUGUUAUGUCAUUAGGCCUAAGUUUCGGAGCAUUCCUUGGUGGCAUUAUUUUCUCGUCAUUGCUUGGAUUCUUUAUAAGCGGUUCAGAUGCAGCCUUGUUGGCAUACUUUGUCCUUCCGCUUACUGUCUAUUACUUCCUACACCUACCACUGAAAAUGACAACAAAGAAUGAGCUUUUCCGACGAUAUCUGCUAUUUUCGUUUGCUGCUUUCGAGGGACUGUUGACGGGAUAUAUCUUCUCAGAUAAGGAUCUGAUCGGCAUGCCACCAAUUGCAGCUUUAACACCGAUGGCUAUCGGAUUAAUUCCUCAUUUUGGAUCAUCGAUAAUCGGUAAAGAUCAUGCAAAGCUUAUAUGUUUGACUAUUGGUGGUGGAUUCUUCCUACAUUUAUCCUUGGGAGCCAUUAUCGACUUAUCAUUACCUUAUCUUCUACUCGCUGGCCUCUAUGGAUUAACUGGUUUCGCUAUAUUGCAACUGUAUAUAAAUAAUCGUGGACAAGAUCUCAUAGUUACGCAUAUCUAUCAACUUGCGUUUGUUUGCGCCGUAAUAUUAUCGCAAGCAUUGGUCUAUGUCAUUUUUGGCUUUGAUGCAAGAGAAUUAACAGAAGCAGCGUCACGCUCCUCAUUAUCAUUCUUGUAA